AUGUCGGGUAUUAUUAACCAUAAGAUUCUCAAUCAAGCAAGGCUCAUCACACGGAGUCUGAAAGCGAAAACGUCAACGAAGAUGGGUUGGUUCUGGGCUGACAAGCUAAGCACAGCGUCAACUAAUGCUACUCCAAUUUCUGGAGAUAUUUCUGCGUGCCCUGUGAUGCACGAUAAACCUAAGGGAAGCGAUGUUUCCGCAUGCCCUGUUCUUCAUGAUAAGAAGACCACAGAUAAACCCACCGGUACGGAAGGUGGUUGUCCAGUCUUGUCUGAUCAAGGUAAUCAUGGCUUAAAUCCUUUGAACAACAUUCCUAUCGCCUUGACUGAUGUCAAACAGUCUGGUCAAAAACUCGAUCUACCAACGGAGCGUACCGUUAGUUCCAUACCAAAGGGUAAGACUGCCGAUGAUGAAUUUUGGGAAUAUCCUUCUCCGCAGCAGAUGUACAAUGCAAUGGUGAGAAAGGGUAAGAUUGACCCAUUUACUGGGGAGGAAAUUCCUGAAGAUGCUGUCGAGUCUAUGGUAUUUGUUCACAACUUUUUGAAUGAGGGAUGUUGGCAAGAAAUACUGGACUGGGAAAAAAAGUAUACCGAUAAAACACACACUUAUCCAAAGCUACUACAAUUUAUGGGUAAACCAGACCAGCUUUCACCUAGGGCAAGAUGUUUCAACAUUUUUGGUACUCUUUUCCCCGGUUACUUUUCAAGUGAAUUGCCGUUCGAUAGACAUGACUGGAUUGUCCUGAGACCUGAUCCCACAUCCUCUGACACUGAAAACCCUGGAUAUCGUAAGGUUCGUUAUAUUAUUGAUUUCUAUGGAGGUCCUGAUGACGAAGAAGGUCUUCCAACCUUCAAUUUAGAUGUCAGACCGGCUUUAGAUAAUUUUGGAAACGCCAAGGACAGAUUUGAAAGGUGGAUGGCUCCAACACUCGAGAAAUAUUUCAACGAAAAGGACCAAAAAUGA